AUGAUGUGGUUAUAUGCAUAUUUAAUAACAGAUUUUUUUAUUCUAGCUCGAUUUUUUAUUUUCUAUGUUAUGCAUCAUUGGGAUGCAUGUUUAUAUCCAACAUUUCGAUUAAUUUUAUGUUAUGUUGAAGCCACAUCAAGAUUUUAUGUAAAUAUAGUACAAAGUUAUCUUUUAUUGGCAUUAAAUACAUGUCGAGGUGCACAAAUUAUAUAUAAUCGAAAUGUUUUUAUAAAAAAUCCUCGUCUAAUUAUUUUAAGUCACUUUUUAAUUUAUUUAUUGCCAGCAAUUAUUAUCACAAUACAAAUUCUUUGUAAUUGGACAAUAUUGUUACAUAAAGCAGGCGAGUCUUGCGAUAUAAUAUACAAUUCCUUAAUUGUAGAAAUAUUUAAUCUAUUCAUCAUUUAUAUCAUUCCAAUUAGUUUAAAUUUAAUUAUCAUUGCACUUUGUAUUCAUCAUGUGAGCACAAUAAGAGAUAUUCAUAGUGAACAAAUAAUUAAUUUUCGUCGUAAACACAAAAAAAAUUUUUUAAUACAAACAAUAAUAUUUUAUUCAAUAUGGCUACUAUUGUGGAGUCCAAAUGUACUUGUUUUUCAAUUUAUUAAUGUUAAUAGUAAACUUGGUAUUUAUACGUCUUUGAUUAAUUAUAUAGAAAUAGUAACUAAUCCAUUUUUUAUCGCUGUACUUGACGUUCGAAUUUUUCAAUCAUGGAAAAUAAUCUGGCGUAAAAUAAAAGAACGUCGACAAAGAGCUAUUGCUCCAGUAUUGCAAGCUGCUCCUGAAUAA